AUGUAAAUCUCGCCCCUACUUUUGUGUACAAUUCUUUCAUGACUCAUUGAGUUGUUAAUGAAAAAACGUAUAAAGCAAAAGAGCAAAAGGUAAAAACCCUCCUCCCCAUCUUUGCUUCAGCUUUCUGCACUAUCGAGAGCAUUCACUCUUUCUUGUUCUCUAUAAACUCUCCCUCUCGACAAGUGACACAGUGCCCCAUUAAAAUCCUCCAUGCCACAAGAAAACACCAUUCCUUCCCUUUAUCGUUGUAUACACUGCAACAUAUAUUAACGUUACACUUACAUGUAUACAUAUACAUAUACAUGUAUAUAUAUAUAUACAUACAUAUACGCACAGUACAAGGCCUGCACUGCAGCUGCUGCUGCUCCUAAAUGCAUGGACUAGCAGAAGCAUAACCCCACUUGCAGAGCCAUAAUUUGUUCUCUAUUCCCCUCUCAUUAAUUACAUCUCUGCGUCUGAAGGUACGGCAUUUAUUCAAAACAUAUCAACUUCUCAAACAAGAAGUUCCUAUAAAGAAAUCCUCACGCUUCAUUGUUUCAUCAUCUGGUAUUUACCAUUUUUGUAGUUUUUUGAGGUAUAUUUUACUGGUCAGCAUUUUAAUGGGGAAGACCGGAGGGAGCUCCUGGUUGACUGCGGUCAAAAGGGCUUUCUGGUCUCCUACCAAGAGUGACAGAACCAACACUAGGAGGAGAGAAGAACUGCAGGAACAAGAGGAAGAAGAAAAGAAGAGAGGAAAGCGGAGAUGGAUUUUUAGGAAGCCUACGAGCCAAGAAACGUUUAUACAUGUACAACAUAGUGAGAGUCCAAGCUCUGCUGCUGAUGGCGGAGCAACCACUCGAAAUGCAACUAUGGCAGCUCAUGGUGAGGCUGGUGAUGCUCUUGCAACGGCCGUGGCCACGAAAGCGGCGGCUCAGGCAGCAGUUGUCAUGGUGCAAGCGGCUGUCAAAGCUGUUCGUCUUACUAAAUCUAAUUGCAGGCCUUCCAUUUUCGUUAGAGACCAUGCUGCCAUUGUUAUUCAGACUGCCUUCAGAGGAUAUCUGGCGAGAAGAGCUCUUCGGGCGCUGAAGGGGCUGGUGAAGCUUCAAGCACUGGUGAGAGGCCACAAUGUUAGAAAGAGGGCAAAGAUGACUCUGCAAUGCAUGCAGGCUCUGGUUCGAGUGCAAGCUCGUGUUCUUGACCAACGAACGAAGAGGCUUUCGCACGAAGGCAGCGCAGAUUCCAUUUUCAGUGAUCCCACUGGCUUGUGGGGAUCACAUUUCUCAGACAGAAGGGAGUCCAUUUCGAAAAACAAAGAGAGGAGCGCCGCGGAUGAUUUGAUCCAUUGGGACGAUGUCAAACCGAAAACAUUGGAGCAGAUUCAAGCCAUGUUGCAGAAAACAAAACAAGCUGCCUUGAAGCGUGAAAGGAGUACCAGCCUUGCUUAUGCCUUCUCUAACCAGAGAUGGAGAAGUAGAGGUAGCGGCGACGAAGAUGCCGGUGAGCAUGAGGAGCUAGAGGAGAAGUUUGAUUUGCUUGAUGGUUGGACAAGAAGAAAGCAAUGUGAGAUCAAUGGAGGCAGAGCUUCAUGUGAUCAGAGAGAUCCCAUCAAGACCGUUGAAAUCGACACUUCUCGACCUCACUCUUAUUCGAGUACCCCGAAUUCCAAUUCCAGAACCAAACGAUCAGAUCAAUGUAAGUAUCAGAGCCAUCAUCUGCGGUAUAAUUAUCAACAGCAAAGAGUUCAUCCGCAGUCAUAUCCAGUUGCCUCUCCUCAAUCACCCGUCACGCCAUUUUCUUCCGUGGCAAGAAAUCUACAAGUGCACUCGGCUAGUCCCCGUUGCCUUCGUGGAGAUCAUAGGAUUAACCACCCAAUGCCGGCAUCACAUAACUUGAACUUAGGCUCAACGAAUUACGACCACGGAUUAAUGGGGGUGCCAAACUACAUGGCUGCUACAGCAUCAGCCAAGGCUCGGAUUCGGUCUCAAAGUGCACCGAGGCAAAGGCAUUCAACAAGCGAGAGAGAAAAGUCAGGGUCCGCGAGGAAACGCUUGUCGUUUCCAGCUCCUGACUCAUGCGGUGGUGGCAGUGCUACUGCUAAUGUUAAUGGUGGUUCAGAUUAUACCUUGGAGAGCCCAAGAUAUAGCAACGGCAUCAACGGAGACCUUGCAGUUCGAAUGCCGCGGAGGACAAGCAUGUCAUCUUGUUACACUGAUGGUGAGACAUCUCCAACUUCCAGCAGUGAGCUCAGAAGGUACUGGUUUAGGUAAUCAAGCAGAAGUAUGUGACUGAGUGGCAAAUUUGACAAAUGACUAGGUACUGGUGGUUACUCUGCUAACUCAAUUUCAAAUGCACAAAUAUGUGACUAGAGGAACAAUUAACUUUAACUUUUAAGAUUUCACUAGAUGCUUUUAUUCAUGUAUAAUCUUGUUGAAUAUUCGACAUGCAGCAAGAUAUGAGAGCAUUUUUGCUCACGACCCUACUUAUCAUCAUGAAAAGAGUUUAAAUUUUGAGAUU